CCGGCCUUAGCCCAGUCCCAGCCCCGCUUAUUUUACCUCCUUUAUGACGGACAGCAUGUCGGACUACAGCGCGGUGCCGCCGCCCGGGGCCGGAGGAGCUCUCGGUGCCGGUGGACUGAAGAAAGACGCGUUUGCGGACGCCGUGCAGCGAGCCCGACAGAUUGCAGCCAAGAUUGGAGGAGACGUAGCAGGUCCCCCAGUGAGCAAUAAUGGAGGAGGAGCGGAGAGCUACCCUUUUACCCCACAGAAACGCUCUCUGGAGGACGCAGAUCAACCCGAAAGCAAGAAGAUGGCCCCUCAGAGCGACAGGGACAACGCGACUGCACUCUCCAUUGGAGCCCAACUGGCAGCUCUGUCUCAGCAGAGCGUUCGUCCCUCGUCUACAACAGAAGAGUACAGAGUACCCGACGGAAUGGUUGGCCUCAUCAUUGGCCGAGGAGGAGAACAGAUUAAUAAGAUUCAGCAGGAGUCCGGCUGUAAAGUUCAGAUUGCUCCAGACAGCGGCGGUCUUCCGGAGCGGAGUGUGUCCCUUACAGGGUCUCCUGAUGCCAUACAGAAGGCCAAGAUGUUGCUGGAUGACAUUGUGUCGCGGGGGCGAGGCACGCCCCCUUCGUCGUUCCACGAGUCGACCAAUGGGCAGAGCGGACACAUGCAGGAGAUGAUCAUCCCAGCAGGGAAAGCCGGUCUCAUCAUCGGCAAGGGAGGAGAGACCAUCAAACAGCUCCAGGAGCGAGCUGGCGUGAAGAUGAUUCUGAUACAGGACGCCUCACAGGGUCCAAACAUAGACAAACCACUACGUAUUAUUGGAGAACCUUACAAAGUACAGCAAGCUCGUGAGAUGGUUCAGGAGAUCUUGAGAGAAAGGGAUCAUCCUGGAUUUGGAGAUAGGAACGACUACGGUUCCCGAGUCGGUGGAGGACUGGAGGUGUGUGUGCCGGUCCCGCGUCACUCUGUGGGUGUCGUGAUUGGUCGAAACGGAGAGAUGAUUAAGAAAAUCCAGAACGACGCAGGGGUCAGGAUACAGUUUAAACCAGAUGACGGCAACGGUCCGGAUAAGAUCGCUCAUAUCAUGGGUCCUCCGGACCGCUGUGAACACGCCGCCAGCAUCAUCAACGACCUGCUGCAGAGCAUCCGCGUACGAGAGGAGGGAGGAGGGGGACCACCUGGUCCUCCCGGUACAGGUAUGCCUCCGGGUGGGCGCGGCAGGGGGCGUGGCCCGGGCAACUGGGGCCCGCCAGGCGGCGAGAUGACCUUUUCUAUCCCCGCCCACAAAUGCGGCCUCGUGAUAGGCCGGGGGGGCGAGAACGUGAAGUCGAUCAACCAGCAGACCGGGGCGUUCGUGGAAAUCUCGCGCCAGCCCCCGCCCAACGGCGACCCCAACUACAAACUGUUUGUGAUCAGGGGAACGCCGCAGCAGAUCGACCACGCCAAGCAGCUGAUCGAAGACAAGAUCGAGGGUCCUCUGUGUCCUGUCGGCCCCGGCCCAGGAGGUCCUGGUCCCGCUGGUCCAAUGGGCCCGUAUAAUCCGAAUCCUUACAACCCUGGACCACCUGGAGGCCCCCCACAUGGAGGUCCUCCUGGCGGGCAGUAUCCUCCUCAGGGUUGGGGCAAUGCUUACCAGCAGUGGCAGCCGCCUGGUCCUCAUGACCCCAGUAAAGCCGCGGCAGACCACAGCGCUGCCUGGGCCGCCUAUUACGCGCAGUACUACCAGCAGCCACCAGGGGGCGCCAUGCCCAGUCAGAGCCCCGCUGCCCCUGCAGCUGCUCCCGCCCCCGCCGACCAGAGCCAAGCCCCGCAGGCGGCCGGGGCCCAGCCCGACUACACCAAGGCCUGGGAGGAGUACUACAAGAAAAUGGGCAUGACAGCAGGUGGGGGCGGGGCGACAGCGGCGGCAGCUCCAGCGGCCGCGGCGGCGGCAGCGGGUGGAGGACAGACAGACUACAGCGCUGCCUGGGCAGAGUACUACAGACAGCAGGCCGCUUACUACGGCCAGGCCACACAGACACCUGGACAACCAGGCCCACAGCAGGGUCAACAGGCGCAGUGAAGGGAGGUGCUCAGAGUGUGAGAUGUUCUCAGACACACACACACACACACACACACGUACACAUCUCUCCUGGGCCGUCCCCUCUCCUCCCAGGACUCCUUCUCCAAGAGCAUCUUGGGGUUUUUUUUUUCUGGUUUUUGUUGUGGAUUUUUGGUUUUUGUCUAUAUUUCAUUUUGUUGUGAGGGGAGUUGAGUCCUGCAUCCUUUUUGAUCUUCCUCUCCCUCCCUCUCUCUCUCUCUCACAACAGAUGAACAUGAACAAAAGAGAUAAAAAGCCCUGUAGAUGGUCCGAUGAUUC